AUGGCUCCAGCUUCUCCAGCAAAACAAGGAACCGAAGCCCAAUGGCCCCCAAGAUCUCCGCAUGAAGCUCUGCUUAGUACGCCGCGUGGCCGAGAGCGAUACCGACAGAUGAUGACAUCGCCUUCAUCUUCGCCGUCGAAAAGAGCUCACAACUUACCCUCGAUGAAUCUUAUGGCCGAGAUUGAAAACGACGAUGACGACGAGGAUGAGGAAACCCUGCAGCUGAAGCUUCAAGAGAUUCAGGCGCGGCUCAAGUUGAAAAAGCUGCAGGCUGCGAAAUCAAAAAAGUCGGAAGAAAGCGUUGAGAAUUUACAUGCCACGACCUCGGAGCUCGUGAUAUCAACGCAAGUUCCAAGCCGAUCGAGGCGCGCAACCACACCAACUAGGGAACCACUAGUUCGACAACAAAACAAUGUGGAAGUGCCUGCGUCUCCGGUCAGGAGGGUGCAAGAGCCCUCUGUGCAAACAUCGCCAAGUAGAGUGUUGCUGGGUAUUGAUAAGGGCCUUAAGGCUCGGGAUAUCUCCUUGAAGCGUGCGCCCAGCUACCGGGAUUCGCAAACGUCGACUGAAAUUGGACAAACGGGCUAUUUGCGAAGAACAAGGUCGAAAACUACAGGGAGCGCCAAUUCUUCUUUCUCAUCAGAGACACGUCCGAUGAGUUUCAAUGAACGGCUUGUUUCCGCGAGGACAGAUGAGGCUACCCGGGCUCAGCGACAAAAGGACAUUCAAAAAUUGAGAUCAAAUGCGUUUAGUAUCAGCCAGGAUGAGAUGGAGCAGUACAAGAAGAAAGCUGUUGAGAUACCAGACGAGCCAUUGCAAGCUCCGUCCUUCUCAAGGGAGGAGAUCAUAGGGACAACAAGACCUGUUGGCUUGCAACGAAGUUACACUGUGCCUAACGUACAGGCUCCCGAAAAGAAGGCUCCGGCAACUUCUACAGCUUUGGUUCGGAAGAAAAAGACACCCCCUGGCGAAGUAUCUGAAGAACAAGCGGCUGGUUUCGAGCCAUACUCGAGUUUUCACUUGUCCAAGAGAAUUUUACCACAUGGCGUCCUUGCUCGGCACGUUUCCGGCAAGAAAGUAUACACAAUUAAGGAUAUACUGAAAGUUGUUAAAGCACCAGACUUUGCUCUGCCAGAUGUUGAGCAAGACAUCGUGGUGUUCGGUAUCUUGGCAAAGAAAUCAGAACCUCGCGCACAUAAACCAACGCAGAAGAAUGGAAAGACGGAGGACAGGGGUAAGUACAUGGUCAUGACCCUAGUCGAUCUAGAAUGGGAACUGGACCUUUUCCUCUUCAACUCUGGCUUCACAAGAUACUGGAAGCUCACAGAAGGGACUGCUAUUGCGAUUCUCAACCCGACUAUUAUGCCACCGCCACCCGGAAGACAUGACACCGGCAAGUUCAGUCUUGUCAUCAACUCAGAUGAUGACUCGAUUAUUGAGGUUGGCACAUCUCGUGAUCUUGGAGGCUGCCAAUCGGUCAAGAAGGAUGGAGAUUUAUGUGGCGUUUGGAUCAAUAAGAAGCGCACCCAUCACUGCGAAUUCCACUCCAACGAAGCCCUUCGCAAACAGCGUUCGACAAGAAUGGAAGUAAACGGAAGCAGUUUCGGCGCCAGGAAGAAUAACUCUAGGGAGGUUAUUGGCUGGGGCGCCGAAAAGAAAAAGGAGGCAUCCAGGAAAUAUGACUGGGAAACAAAAACGCAUUGGUUCGCUUCACGUUCCAUGAGUGCAGCAGACCUGAUUGAUGGGAAGGACAGAACACCAAACGAUCGAAAAGAAAGAGCAGAAUUCCUGAAGAGAGAUCUGGAGGCAAAAGAGAAAGAGCGUGAAAUGAUGAAGAAGCUCGGUCAAGUUGGCAACGCAGCUGGAAGGGAAUACAUGCGACAAGCUGGUUCGAAGGUUGCGGCACUGCCUGCCGCGGGCACUUCUACCCAACCCUCGAGCUCUGCACAAGCGUCAGAGGAAGCUUACAGGCCAGACGCAAAGUCACUAGGCCUACUGGGAAAGGACUCUGCCAUACAUCUGAGCCCUGUAAAACGGAAACGCCCGGACAGCUCUCAAGCUAGCUCUCAAACAGGUUCAGCCGCAAGUAGCGGCCCAACGGCCUUUGGCUGGGGGAGCAAUCUGAAGGAUAAGCUCGCAAAAAUGAAGGAGGGGGAAAAGCUACGCAAAGAUGAACAACCUCCAGUACGGAAGAAGACUCGCUUUGUAACAGACAAGGGGAUCCGUGAAGCCGGGAGGGAGAGUCUAGGCGACGAGCUCCACGGGCGGCAGAUCAUGCUCGACGAUGACGAUGACGACUUGGUUAUUGUAUAA